AUGAGUUCGUCAGACUCCAAUUCGUUCUCUCAUCUUUCCACACCGUCAAAUUCUUUGCCCACAAGUAAUUCUCACCGGGAAUCUUUGAUAUUUGAUGAGUAUUCGGGUCCCUGCCCAGCAUGCAACGAACAUAUGCAUUCAAUUGAUCAACUCAAUCGUCAUUUGGACGAUAUGCACACGGAUUCUAUCGACCAGAAAGAUGGCAUAAUUAAGUGGUUUAAAAAUGCUCAAAGCACCAUUAUGAAACCACUUUCAAAAACAAGAUUGAACAAUAUCUCCAACCUUCCGCAAUUGGCCAUAAAUAAAUUUAAUGAAAUUGAUAACGGAUUAGAUCAACAUUCAGAAUUAGUAACAAAAGCUCAUUGGCAACAAGAUGGUGAAAAUAUCGUAUGCUCGAAUUCUACUUGUGAUAAGUCAUUGAACAAUAGAAACGGCAAACACAAUUGUCGAAAAUGUGGCGAUUUCUUUUGUGAUGAUCACUGUCGUUUAUCAAUUAAAUUGAACAGACAAGCACAGCAUGAUCCUGUCAAUGGAUAUUGGUGCAGAGUUUGCAAUUAUUGUUUUAUUUCUCGAGAGAAUUAUUUAGAUACUGAAGGUGUUAUAAGAAGUCAUACAUCAGCAUUCACCAAAUUUCGGAAGAAAGGGAUUGAAAGAACACAUUUAGAAGGGAAUCGGCUUGAGAAACGUCUGGAAAAGCUUGCCAAAGUGUACGCCUUGCAGGCCAAGCAGGCUAAUUCUACACAAGGAGGACUGACUCCUCCUUUGACUGCAAAACAUCGAAGAAGAGCUUCCGAACAGUCAAUUGUUAAAUGGGAGGAUGAUGCGUCUGUGACAACUUGCCCGCUUUGUGGAACGUCUUUUGGCAUGAUAACCAACCGUAAACAUCAUUGUCGUUUGUGUGGACGCGUUGUUUGUGAAAAAUGCUCAUCGAAAAUUUCUUUGAAUCUAUAUAAUUCAGAAGUUUCGGAUCAAGAAUCUGUCGGCAAAAUUCGCUCCUGUAAAGAGUGUCGCAUUGCCGUGUUUAGGUAUUCUAAAGUACAAGAAGAAAGAGUAUUGAGAAAAUCGGGAAUCUUUAGUUGUAGUAGACAGGAGAUAGUAAAUCAAACACAUGCGGAUUAUCAAGUAGCGGCACGAACGCGAAAAGAAUUAUUGGAAAAUUUUGCACAAUUUGACAUGAUUAGCAAAAAAAUUAAUUCGCUACCUACUUACUCUGAAUCUGAAAAGCGUCUGCAAUCUAAUAUUCAUCUCGCUGCUAAUCAAUAUUUACAACAAAGCAUGCUUCCACUUUCAGUAUUACCUAGGAUUCUCAAAAAAAACCAAAAUCAACAAACUAAGGAUCAACUAACUGAUGACGAUGAUGAUGUUGUACUUGCUUUUGCUAAUGGUAGACCUAGAUCACUUUCAAUGUCUUCUACAAAAUCUGAAAAAGAAGAAAAAAAACUUCGUCAACAGUUAGAAGCAUUUUUGGAACAAGAAAAAAAUUUAGAAGUGUUUAUUCAAGAGGCUACUAGAAAAAGAAAAUUUGAUGAUCUGAAAACAUUAAAAGCUUCUUUAGAUGAAAUAAGAAUGGAAAUUACAAAGAAAAAAUCAGAACUCGGUGAUUUAUGGCCUUGA